GAGGCCCGAGGCGGGAGGGGAGGGGGAGGGGGUCUGAGGCCCGAGGUGGGGGCGACUCCCUAUGGGGAAGAAGACCCGGAUGACGGGACAGCAGAACCGGCGGCGGCCGAUCCUCCAACUCCACCCCGAGCCCCGGAGAGAGGAAGGCGGCUCGGGCUCGGAGGCCGAGGAUGACCAAGAGGAUGUGGCUGAGCAACGAGCCACAAAUCCAGAUUUUACCAGGACCAACAACGGGACCGUGAAGGAUUUGGCUACGAGGCCUACAGGUGGGCUGGGCUUGCUGGGAGCUUAUGCAGACAGUGAUGAAGAGGACAGUGCAAGUGGAGAGGUGCAGGAGGUGGAAUCAGCAGCCAGCAAACCUGCGGACAUUGAUAGCACACUGGCCAACUUCAUGGCGGAGAUUGAUGCAAUCACAGCCCCAACCCCACCAGCUGCUGAAACACCGGCCAGACCCUCGGCAUCCCCGGUUCUGACUCCCACACCUCCGCGGCCUGAACCCAAACCAGCAACUGCACAGAAACCAACAGCCAGUGCCACCGACAGCACGGGCAAGAGCGGUGUGGCAGCCACAGGCACUGGAGCUGACUGGCAUUAUGACACUCAGUACUCGCUGGCUGGAGUUAAUGUUGAGAUGGGUGACUGGCAGGAGGUGUGGGAUGAGAAUACCGGCUGCUACUAUUACUGGAACGUUCAGAGCAACGAAGUGACGUGGGAGCUGCCCCAGGACCUGGCCACACAGGUGCAAGGCAUGCCUUACCAGGACAGCUCCGCGGUGUUGUCGGCAAGGGACGUGGAGUCUGGCUACCAGCCCCCGGCGGUGUAUCUGCCCGAGCAGCCGGUGCCAAAACCAGACACCCGCCCCCUGAAGAAAAAGGAUGUAAACGAGGGUAUCUUCGCGCUGGCCAGUGAGAAGGAGGAACAGGUGGGUGUAGCAGCCUGUCUCUUGGCUCCGCUUAUUCCUGAGGAGGUGAAGAAAGCCGAGGAGAAGUGGAGGAAGAAAGUCAUCUGUCAGGAAGACCAAGAGGUGGAAGAAGGCAAGGAAGAGGACGGUGCUGGGGAGGGCGAAGAGGAAGGUGGGCAGGAGGAGCAGCCGAGCGGAACGGGGACAGGGCCACAUUCCCAGGAGAGUGGGGAGGAGGCAGAGGAGGAGAAGGAAGAGGAGUACACCAGGGAGCUGGAGCUAGUGCUUGAGAGGAAGAAGGCAGAGCUCCGUGCCCUCGAGGAGGGUGAUGCCAGCGUGGCGGGCUCGAGCCCACGCUCCGACUCCAGCCAGACAGUCCUGCAGGAGGGGCAGGUGUCAGACAGCAGCAAGAACCUGAACAGGAAGGGCAAGUGGCAGGCGCUUACUCGCAUCCUCAGCCCGGAGCGUAACAGCAUGUGUGAAUCAGCAGAGCGCCCCUCCACCCCCGACAGCCUGCUCUGCCCUGAAACUGUCCCUGAGAAGCUCAGCACUGACCCUGUGGAGACGGAGUCAGACACAGAGGGAGCAGCAGAAAAAGGAGCUGUUCCAAAGCCGCCUUUGGAAGAAAAAGAGGAUGAGAAGCGUGAACUCAAGUUUCAGAUCGCUGAGCUGGCAAACACCCUCUCCAGCAAACUCGAGUUUCUUGGGAUCAACAGGCAGAACAUCUCCAACUUCCACUUCCUACUGCUCCAGAUCGAGACUCGAAUCACUGACUGGCGAGAAGGAGCACUGAAUGGCCAAUACCUCAAACGCAAACUGCAGGAAGCGGACUGUCAGAUUAAACACUAUGAAUCUAAUGCAUCCCCAAAGGGCUGGUCCUGCCACUGGGACAGGGAGCACCGCCGUUAUUUCUAUCUAAACGAGCAGACGGGAGCCUCGCAGUGGGAGUUCCCGGAUGUUGAGGACGAGGAGGAUCCGGCUGAGAGUGACAGUAAAGCAAACGUGGGUAAGAGUGGGGCAGUAAACGACAGCUCCAACCCCCUGAGCCAGGCCACAGUUGCUGGGCACACGGAGAUAUCUGCCGAACAGAGCCCUGCUCCUGCCAGGAAGGCAGUCCCUCCUCCCCUCCCCCCACUGCCCCCUCAGCCUCCUUUACCCUUAGAUCUGCCUCCCCCUCCCCCACCCCCACCCUCCUCACCCCCUCCCCCACCUCCCCCUCCCCCUCCCAGUGACGACGCUGAUAUUGAGGAAGUGGAGAUGGAAGUGGAGACCAAGGAGCCCCCAGCACCAGGCACUGAGGAGGAUUGUCUGGAGAGGGCAGCUCUCCUCCCACUGCCUCCUCUCCCUGCCACUCAGUCUGCAGCUCCCAGCAAGAGCAAUCCCGUCUCUCUACCCCUCCUGCUUCUCCCAACUGCCAAAGGCAUCAAGAGGAAAGCAGCCUUGCUGAACUCCACACCCAUCCCCCGCACAGUCACCAUUGGGAGUAGUGCCGUGCUGUACACACAGUCAGCGACCGCCUCAGGUCCCCAGGUGAUUGCGCCGUUGGUAUCGUUGCCGCCGGUGCCCCAGGCUGUGCCGGUGCAGCCCCUCCCUCUCACUCUGCCACCAACAAAGCUGGUGCCAGUGCCGGUAACAUCUGUGCUCCCACAGCAGCAACUCACAUCCAUCCAGGCCGGUCAGCAGCCCUGCUCUGCCCCGGAGCCACCCUCAGUACCACAGCCAGCCGAGAGGAGCAAAAAAAUGAAGAAAGACAAGAGCAAAAAGAGCAAAACGAAGAUGCCGUCGCUGGUGAAGAAGUGGCAGAGUAUCCAGCGGGAACUGGACGAGGAUGAGAACUCCAGCUCCAGCGAGGAGGAGCAGAGGGGAAUCCUGGCCCAGAAACGCAUUGAUGAGUGGAAAGCCCAGCAGCUGGUCAGUGGCCGGGCUGAGAAGAAUGCUAACUUUGAAGCACUCCCAGCAGAUUGGCGAGAGAGACUGAAGAGGCGGAAACUGGCCCAGAGCUCCUAACGCCUACACCUUUUCUACUGCAAACACUUUCAUCCAUUCACAGUCUUUCAAUAUGUGUCACCCACAGAGACAGGGGCCCAUGGCAACGGGGGUGGGGUGUGGGGGGUUGGUCAGGGGGACAGUGUGAGAGGGAUGUCUGGGGUGGGGGCCAGUGUGAGAUCGAGGCUGGUGGGGGUAGUGUGAUGAGAUUGAGGCUCCCGGGGGUAGGGUUGCUGUUGGUGCAGGCCGGGGGCUGAUUGCCAUCUAUAAUAAGGUUCAGACAUUGAAAGGUCUAAUAGUGACAGAGUCUGACCUGUGGCCACUGCCUGCGUUAUGGUGUCUGAACUUGUACAUUUGUAUAUAAAACAUCAAUAAAGUGAUUUUUAACAA